GAUACCUUCCAGUGUGGUUCAGCUUGGCUUUACUUCCCAACAUACUACACACUGCCAGCUUUUUGCAGCCAAGAGGUGGGUCCCAUUGGUACCAAACUGUGUCUGGGACUGAAACUUAGCUUGCAGCAUAGCCAGUUUUCCCCUGUGCAUCAGUCUUCUGCCUUCAGAAAUCUAUUUGCAUGUUCAAGACAGUUUGGGUGUCUUCACCAAGGAGCUGGGCUUUAAGGCAGCCUGAUUGCCAGUGUGCUGGCAAAGAAACACAUUGGAAAUGUGGAUUUGUCAGAACCAUAAUCCAGCAUUCACGUCCAAUGCAUGACCCUAAAGGCCCAGGGAAAGCAAGAAUGUUGAAGAAAAUACAGAUAUGCCUCUGCUUCUUCUUUGUCUCGGGCAUUUUGUACGAGAUCUCCCUGCUGUCCAGCUGCUUUUUCUCCUACAUGCCUAUGCCCAAGCACUUCUUCACACCUGAGCAGGUCUUGAACCUUGGCAAAAGCAUCAUUUUCCUGGAGACGACAGAGCGCCUGGAGCCCCCCCCACUGGUGUCCUGCUCAGUGGAGUCUGCUGCCAGGACUUACCGGGACCGGCCCGUCAUCCUCUUCAUGAAGGGACUUACAAAUGACACAGCAUUGGACUUGAACUCCAGCUAUGCAGCCUUCUCGCUUUUGUCUUCUAUGAAGAAUGUCUUCAUUUUUCCUCUCCAGAUGGAAACUGUCUUCCAGGAGACCCCUCUGCUCCAGUGGUACAAUCAGGUAGUCCCAGAGCUGGAGAAGAACUGGGUCCAUGUCAGCUCUGAUGCCAGCCGGCUGGCACUCAUUUGGAAGUAUGGAGGCAUCUACAUGGACACAGAUGUCAUCUCCAUCAGGCCCAUCCCUGAGGAAAGCUUCCUAGCGGCACAGAAGUCACAGUUCUCCAGCAAUGGGAUCUUUGGCUUCCCUGCCCACCACAAGUUUAUUUGGGACUGCAUGGAGAACUUUGUUCUCAAGUACAACGGGAACAUCUGGGGUAACCAGGGGCCCUUUUUAAUGACACGGAUGCUCAAGGCCAUUUGCAAUCUCACGGAUUUCAAAGGCACUGAGGACCACAGCUGCCAGAACAUCUCCUUCCUCAAUCCCCAGCGUUUCUACCCAAUACCAUACCCAGCUUGGGGCCGGUACUAUGAGGUGUGGGACAAAAGCCCCAAUUUCAGCCACUCCUACGCUCUGCACUUGUGGAACUUCAUGAACCACAACCGGAAAGCUGUGAUUGCAGGCAGCAACACUUUGGCUGAGAAACUGUAUAAAGCCUAUUGCCCCACCACAUACGAGGACCUGAUACAAAAUGCAGAGCUGGAAAAUUUCACAUUCUAUGAGGACACUGACAUGGUGUAAGGAGGAAGGGGGAUGAUCCUUCAAAGUGCUCCCCACCCUGGUGCCAAAACACAGUCACCACUGGUGUCAGCAGCUGGCUUUGUAGGAGAAAGACAUUUUCCUAACCACCAUCAGUACUCCCUUGGGAUACUAAGAUGCAUGGGCAGAAUGGUGGUGGAUAUCCAUCAGGCAUAGCCUCCAGUGACACUAGUGACAAUUUUGCCUCAAUUCUUUCUCCUUACAGGUGCUCAUGAACCAAACCUUCCUGAAUCAAAUGGAUUUACAGGCCUUAGUAGUGAGCUUUUCUAAGGGAAAAGUUCCUAAAGAGAUGCACAGCCUCCUGGGAAGAAUUCCAUCUCUGCACCUCCCACCAAUAUUG